UGACCGAAAAUGUUUUUUUUUUGCUUAAUGCCAAAUUAUGAUUUAUUAGAAACUUACACACGCUUUUGUAUUCAAAAGUUAUGCAUAGUCAUCAUCGUUUACAUUGUAGACCUUGAAGACAGAUAAACAGAUAAAACCGAGGAUAAAACACUCCUUCAAAGCAGAUCGGUUUCAUUUAAAUAGGUUACUGGCGAAGUUCAUUUAAAAAAAAAUGGGAUUAUUAACGGAAGGAACUCCAUUAACUUGGGAAGAAACAAAAAAAUUAGCCGAACAUGUCAGAGAGCAUGGAAUUAAUCAAUUUAUAAAUAUUUAUAAGAAACUUAGAGAUAGAAAAGGUGAUGUUCUUAAAUGGGGGGACGAAAUUGAAUACAUUUUAGUAAAAUUUAAUAAAGGGGCCAAGGAGGUAAAAGUUAGUCUUCGUGCUGUGGACAUCUUAUCUGUGCUUAAUGAAAAGGAAUAUAAUGACCCUAAUGGUGUUAAGUCAUUGUGGAGGCCUGAAUUUGCAGCUUACAUGAUAGAAGGAACACCUGGUAAACCUUAUGAAGGCACCCUUGCUCAUUUUAAUGUAGUUGAAGCUAAUAUGAAAAUGAGACGUCAGGAAGUAAUGGAAUUGCUAACUCAGGAUGAGUGUGCUCUGUCAAUAACAGCCUUUCCCAGAUUAGGGUGUGAAAAUUUUACUGACCCUCCAACUGUACCUACUCCAAAUGAAGGUAACACAAGAUCUUUGUUUUUCCCAGAUGCUGCAGUAUUUCCUGGUCAUCCAAGAUUUAUGAACCUUGUCAGAAACAUUCGUGAAAGACGUGGGGAACAUGUUGCCAUUAACUUGCCGAUAUUUAGAGAUACAGAUACAAAAAUUCCUGUAGAUGACUCUUAUAAAAUUCGCAAAGCUGCUAAACCAGAUUGUGUGUAUAUGGAUGCAAUGGGCUUCGGGAUGGGUUGUUGCUGCCUGCAGCUUACAUUUCAAGCUUGUAAUAUUGAGGAGGCCAGAAUUUUGUAUGAUCAGCUUACACCUCUGUGUCCAAUUAUGUUAGCCUUAACUGCUGCUUCGCCUGUUCAUAGAGGCUUCAUUACAGAUGUUGAUUGUCGAUGGAACGUUAUUUCAGGAUCUGUUGACUGCAGAACUGAGGAAGAAAGAGGAGUAAAACCUCUUAAAGAGAACAAGUUUGUGAUAAAAAAGUCUCGUUAUGAUUCAAUUGAUUCCUACCUCUCUGAACAGGGAGAAAUAUAUAAUGACAUUCCUAUUUUAUACAAUAAAGAAGAUUAUGAAAAACUUAGAAAUAGUGGCAUCGACGAUUUGCUAGCUCAGCAUAUUGCACAUUUAUUCAUCAGAGACACUGUGUCAUUAUUUUCAGAAAAAAUUAACCAAAAUGAUGAAGAAGAUACUGACCAUUUCGAAAAUAUCCAGUCCACUAACUGGCAGACAAUGAGAUUUAAGCCCCCACCCCCUCAUUCCACAAUUGGUUGGAGGGUAGAGUUUCGACCUUGCGAAGUUCAAAUAACAGAUUUUGAAAAUGCUGCUAUAGUAUGCUUUGUGGUGCUAUUAACCAGAGUUAUAUUAUCCUACCAGCUUAAUUUACUCAUUCCUAUUAGUAAAGUGGAUGAUAAUAUGCAAAAUGCACAGCUAAGGAACGCCUGCAGGGAGCAGAGAUUUUGGUUUCGCAAGGAUAUAACAACUGAUGUUAGCCCACCUGAAGCGAAUCGAUGUUGUAAAGAAGCAAUGGCCAGUGAGUUUAAAGAGUGUAAUCUAAUAGGACAAAUGACGGUUAAUGAAAUUAUCAAUGGCAAGCAAGGCGAAUUUCCUGGAUUAAUUCCAUUAAUUCAGAGUUAUUUGAGUGGAAUGGACGUAGAUGCUGAUACUCACUGUACAAUUCAACAAUACUUAAAAUUCAUUCAACAAAGAGCUUCGGGAGAGAUCCUAACAACUGCCACAUGGAUAAGAAAAUUUGUAACAGAGCAUCCCGCUUAUAAACAUGACUCUGUUGUGUCUGAAGAAAUUAAUUAUGACCUCUUGGAAACCGUUAGAGAUAUUCAAGAAGACAUUAAGUCUUGUCCCGACCUGCUUGGCUUUAGGAUUAUGUCCAAAACGAAAGAAAAUGUACCACAUGCCUUGGAAAAUGAUGUCUGAUUGUUGCUUUUUUGUUCAGGGAAUUUGUUAGGACCAGAUUGUUUUUUAUAAAUCGUUGUUGGCACUAUUUGUUUCAUUUGUAAUAAGUAUUUUGAAAUGCAUUUGUAUUAAAUAUUUUAUUUUAUUCAAUAAAUACUCACAAUAAAAUAUA